AUGUCCGACCUCAAGGAGACCGGUUUCAAGUCGGGCGACAUCUUCGCCGCCGUCGCCAAGGCGUUCAGCUCGCUCGACGACGCCGAGAAGCAGAAGCAGAUCAAGAAGACCAACGGCAUCUUCCAGAUCAACGUCGAGACCAAGGACAAGAAGUCGCAGACCUGGGUCAUCGACCUCAAGCAGGACGGCACGGUCACCAAGGGUGCUGGCAAGAAGCCGGACGUGACUGUCAACCUCGGUGACGACACCUUUGUCGCGCUCGCGGACGGCAAGCUCAACGCGCAGAAGGCGUUCAUGACCGGCCAGCUCAAGGUCAAGGGCAACAUCAUGCUCGCGACCAAGCUCGACGGCGUGCUCAAGGCGUCCAAGGGCAAGCUUUAAGCGUCGAGCAGAGGAAAAGGAUAGCAGCUUGUUGUACGAGAUGCAGCGUCGCGGCCGAUGUAGAAGCGGGAGACGAAGCAAAGCACGGGGAGCGACGCCCGCGCGGCGGUGCGGGCAUGAGCGCUCUAGUCUGUGCGCCGAGCCAAACAGAUCGUCAAAGAGUGUAGAUACGUGUCGCGGCGUGGAUGGGCGGCGCGUGGGAACGGAUGGUACCUUUUUAGCGUGCAUACGUGCACGAGGCGGGCGUGAAUGGGCACGUGACCGGGGAUGCGGG